CACACACGCACACACACACACACACACACACACACACACACACACACACACACACACACACACACACACACACACACACACACACACACACACACACACACAGCAGUAGCAGUAGAAGCAGGGAGCCAGCAGAGAGUCUGCCGACUAGCAGCCAUGACAGACGUGGACUCUCUAAAUGAGGCUCUGAAGGCCAUCAGUGUGAGCACAGAGCUGAUCGAAGAAGAGCUGAAGCCUCAUCUGGAUACAGUCCUGGCUGCUCUGCUGGAGAAGAAGAAGGAUGCGGCUGAAGAGGUAGUGAGAAGUGGGAUUCUCCCCACUCUGGCUCAGGCCUUACGGAGCAGGAGCAGCCUGAGCUGCCAGGUGGCUCUGCUGGUGGCAGAAAUGGCACGAGAAGCCGCUGUGAGAGAGCCAUGCAUCGAGGCGGGCCUGGUGAAGGCUCUUGUCCCUCAUCUGAACAGCAGCGACCAGGAAAUGCUGCUGAACACUGGCAGGGCCAUCGGGCGCAUCUGCUUCGACAACACACAUCAACAGGACCAGUUAGUCCAGAGUGGUGUAAUCCCCAGAUUAGUGUCCAUCAUGAAGGAGUACCCUGAUAAUGACCCGCUGGUCAACGUCUGCCUGCUGGCUCUCUGUAAUCUGGCUGAUAUGGACUGUGCACGGGAGGCCCUGGUGGACCAGGACGUGGCAAACACGCUCAUUCUUCAGCUGAAACGGGCUCCUGAUGCUGAGCGGCGUCAUGUCAUCCUGGAAAUAUUGGGCUCACUGGGCGAAAGUGAUGCACUGAAGCUGCAGUUUGCAGAAUCAGGAGUACCGGAGGCUUUAUCACUGAUGAUCCGAGACCUACAAGGACACUCCGACCCCCACGACCUCUGCAGCAUCAAGAUCGCUUCCAACCUGAUAGUGUCCCUGCUGUUAGGAGAUGAAUCUAUGCAGAAGUGUUUCGGUGAGGGGUCUGGCGUGGUCUACCAGGACAUUCUGUUGUGGCUGCAGAGCUCCAACACCCAGCUGCAGCUGUCAGGAGCUCUGGCCAUUGCCAACUUUGCCAGAAAUGACAGUAACUGUGUGAAGAUGCUGGAUCUGGGUGUGGUUCCACACAUCCUGACCUUGAUGGAGCGCCAUGUCGAUGAAGGGGACGUCUCUGUUCAACAUGCUGGACUGAGCGCGCUCAGAAACCUGGCCAUCCCGGCCUCCAACAAAGUGAGGAUGCUGGAGGACGGAGUCACUGAGAGGAUCAAGUCUCUGCUGCGCACCGACAUGCCGCCGGUUCAGUUCAAGCUGCUGGGCACGCUACGCAUGAUGGUGGACGGGCAGGAGGGAGCCGCCUUGAAGCUGGGCAGAGAUGCGGUGCUGCUGGCCCGGAUCAUGGAGUGGUGUGAAGCCAAAGACCAUGCAGGCGUCCGAGGAGAGGCCAGCCGACUGCUGGCGGCCCUGAUCAGACACAGCCGCAGUCCUGAAGUUGUCCGCGCUGUGGCUAGAGCGGAUGGGGUUCGGCACCUCAUCUCUAUGGCAACAAGCGAGCACGUUAUCAUGCAGAAUGAAGCCCUGGUCGCCCUGGCAAUAGCAUCUGCUAUUGACAUUGAGUCUACGAGGGAUCCAUUCAGCGAGGCAGAGCUGCUACUCAUGCUGAAGAACAUGUUGGACGAUCCAGUGGGGGCGGUUGAGGUCAAGUUUAGUGCUCUGGGUCUCAUCUGCACCUUGGCUAACUCCGGUGUGAUGACAGAUGAACUCAACUCUGUGAAUAUUAAGGAGAGCCUGAACAAACUGACAGACGACAGCAGCAGCAAACUGGCAGCGCAGGCCGGCUCCAUACUGACCCUUCUCAGUGACAGCAGCUAAAGCAGCAGCAACACGGGCUUUCAUCGGCUCUAUGAAUGUGUGUAGAUUUGAUAAUAUGUCAUCCAGACAGCACAGAUGCUACUAAAUAUCAAACUGGACUCUAAAGUGUCACUUAUUUUGUAAUAAGUAAUAUAUUUUAGUGCUAGCAUGAUGUGUGUUGUCACAAUGGGAGACAAGGACCAACUGUUAUGCACAUUUCGCUUCCUGUUUUUCUAGGAAUCUUCUGUGAGGUUCUUGAAAUAUUUUCCUGACACACAUGUUGAGUUUUCUGACGCGGCGGAGCCGAGUCUGAGACGAGAGGAAGUGAGCCGCUGUGAGGCUCGUUCAGAGAACAGAUGAUCAUUUCUGUUCGUCUCUUUAUUCAUAAAGUUCUGAAAUCAAGCCUAUGGUAUAUGGUAGUGAAAUAUGUGGAAUGCUAUUCCACUGUAUCAAUAUUACACACAUAUUUCAAAAGUAAAAGAAAGACAUACGUGAGUGUGUGAAAUAAAAUAAUUACAAAUGUGUACAUUUUACAGGAUGUCAAAAAAUAUUUACUUUAAAAGAAAUCAGUUUCUGAAAGCAUAUGUGCUAUGGUACAACCUUUACUUUUCAAUUCUGUUCAGAGUUGUUGCUCAAAAGAGACAUGUGGAAAAACAUCAGCAUAAGAAGAGAGAAUAGAGGCAGGUGAAAGUUGAACAAGCGUGUAAAACACAACGUCCACCCAACAGAGAAGAAGUGAUUCCUGAGCCUCCACCUGAAAUGAGUUCAUAAAAUUAAGAUUAAUAUGAUGAUUAUCCAAGUCAAGAGGUGGCAGUGGCUUAGAAACCUAACAAACUGGCACUCUGUGGAGGGAUUUUAAAGCACUUUAUGGUGAGCUCCUUCUGCCUGUAAUUCACCAAAGAGGUAAAUAGCUGCAUGAGAAAUAAAUUCUAAUUCAACUUUACAAUUGUGACUUCAUUCAUGUUGAUGUUGUGAUCUCGGCUCCAGUUCUUAAUUCGCGUUAUUGCUCAUGUGUGUGCAGACGUGACAUUAGCAAGUGUUGAGGAGGUUGUAUACCAUCUCAUUUCCGUUCAGAGAGGGUCUUUGUAGUGAAAGUGCAGCACAUUUGACAUAUUCUCAUCAGAAAGGUCUUUUAUAGAUUUGAGAAAAUAAUUUGUCUAUUUACAGCCACAGAGACAGACAGGCUUUAAGGUGCUGCAACAGACCUGGCAUCCUUCAUAAAUGGUAAUAACUUUCUGUUUUAAAAAGGAAGUAAUCACCCAAACAACUAUAUUUUUAUCUGAAAAGUCGGUUUUAAAGUGACUAAGCCACUUUGAAAUCCAUGAUUUAUGUCCUAGAAAUGCUAGGUUUCUUGGUUGUGUCAGAGCGAUGAUGAUAUAUGCACUUUAUAGAGACAAGCCUAAUGCAUUUCAGCUGACCUUGACCUCAACGUAGGUCAGUUCUGUAAGCAACAGAUUAUAUGUUGUGGUUUAUUUGUAUUAUGAUGCAUAAUAGAAGUGAUUAUUUCAUUGAAAUGAAUGUGCAUUUAAGAGCCUAUGUUCAGGAUGGAUUGAAAGUGCUUUCCAAAUAUCAAGAGCACAAACAGGAAUCUAUGAAAUGUUGGUUUGAACUCAGUAGCCAAACAUCUGUUGUGUGAUCAACCCGUAACCACUGAACCACUUCAAUAAAACAGCUAGCCCCAUUGGUUUGUAGUUGUUUGCAUGGUUUGUUCCCACCGUUACUCAGUCAAUCAGAAAGAUUAUAUUUAGUUUUAGGUGUUCAGACAUAAACACCUUUUAAGAUCCAGGGUAUUAAACGAGACAUUGGUCCUGGUGUUAUCUUAAAUUAAGAAUGCAAGUGAUAACAAGCACUUUUUUUUUUACAGAAUAAAGAAAAAUCAAAUACUAACAUGAAGUUAGUGGCAUGCUUCUCUAAUGGAAUCUGUUUCCACUUUGGGUACAGAGGUCCAUCGUCCUCACCAUCGCUGUGUUUCCACUGACACAGAAUUUGACAUUUAGAAAAUAAAUUUGCUCAAUGUAAACACAUCAAGAAAAACUUAGGCGAUACGAUGUGAUUUUGUUUAGGGGUUUUUUUUUGGCCGUAUUGAAAUUGGCUUAUUUUGCAAAACUGCAACGGAAACACUUGCCACUGGUAACAUCAGCAGCCGGAUGUUGCCACAAACCAUAAUGAAAAAGACCAUCAAUUUUAAUGACUCUUUAUCUAAACAAGCUUAUUUAUGUGUGAUUUUAAUUUAAUUCACUAUUUAAUAGAAACACUGCAACUGCAAAAUUGUCUUUUUUUUUGUAAUUAGCAGAAAAUUGACAAAAAUGUGUGUAUAUUUGUAAUGGAAAUGCAACUUGCAUCUAAGUUGCAAGUUGCAUUUCCAUUAUCUUAACAUUCAUCCUUAUAAUGAAUCUUAACAUUCAUCCUUAUAAUAUGGCCUGUGAUAUGGUUUUUUGGUCGUUUAAUUUUUUUACUUAGUUUUAAUUUAUAUUUUCUAAAUUUUUUGGUUCCCUUUUAUUUUGUAUCCAUUUUAUGUUCAUGUAUAGAUUUAAGCUCUGAAUGUUUUGAUGUCUGUUUAAGGAGUAGAAGACCGGUGAGCCUGAAUUCAGACACUAGUCUUGUUCUAAAAAUAGGUUCAUAAUCUCAUUGGGUGUUUUUGUCUUUAUAAAAUGAAAAUAAAAAUAUAUGUGAGGA